GGCGUCUGGCCUGAGGAGUUCCGCCGCGCAACCACCGUUGUCAUCCCCAAACCGUCCAAGCCUGACUACACCAAGGUCAAGGCAUACCGCCCUAUCGUCCUCCUCUCCACGAUCGCCAAAUGGAUGGAGAAGGUGAUUAACGCGCGCGUACAGUUCGCGGCCCACAAGCACGGA